UAAUGCUCAGCAUGAAACUGCACAUGAAAACAGCCACAGGAUCAUUUGGAAAUGCGAUUCUACUGAAGGCAGAAAUGCAGAAGGAAGCACAGAUCUGUGUGUUGAAGGCAUGGGGCUUAAUGCACAAGAGAGCGGGAUGUGGACAGAGACUGCAGACGUCCUGAUGGAGGUGAUGAGUUUGGUGGAGCGUCUGGAACAGGACAGGAAAGAUGCAGAGAAAGCCUUACUGGAAGAAAAGGAGAAAGCCAAGAAACUUUUGGAGAAGCUGAACAGUCUUUGCGUCUGGAAGCAGAACGAGUUUCCUGUUGAAAUGAAGAAAGAGCGUGAAGCCUGCAGCACAGACCUCGCUGAACUGACAUUGCAGCUGAAAAUGAGCAGAGAUCAGCGGCCGCAGGUGAGAGACAGACUGACCCUGGCGGAGGUGCUGAACCUACGGCUGAAGGAGGAGAUCGAUUUCAUGAGGAAACAUGGCCCGCUCGCGCACCACAGACUCCAGCUGGAGAGAGAAAUCAUCCAGCAGAUCCAAACUGCACUGGCCGAGGCCAUUGAGACUUUUUCAGACAUCUCCCAGAAGCUCCAGAGUCUUCAUCAGGAGCUUAAAGCAGAGCAAAUGAAUGCAGACAUGGAGAAAGAGCACAUGAACAAGGAAAUGGAAAUCAUCCGAAAUCAUAUAAGUGACAAACAGAGUGAGUUACAGCAGCUGCAGUCACAGUGUGAGACGUUUCAUAUGGAAAUGAAAGAGAUUGUCGAAAAAAUAACACUGAAAGACGAGCAAAUCAAACCUUUAGUGAAAGAGAUGCGCCAGUUUGAGAGGCAGGACAGAGACGUAAAUGAUCAAGUCGGCACAUUAAAAGCACAAAUGGCUGAUAAAGAAGAGAUGCUAACGCUAAAGAAGAAUAAAGUAAUGCAGCUUCAAAAGCAGAUCCAAGCAUACAAACUUGAAGGUAAAGAAAAGAUGUCUGAGCUGGAUGCGGUCAUAAGCCAAAAGCGACAUGACUUGCUGACCCUACGAGACCAGAACAAAGAGCUCAAAUUCAAGAUCGAAGACUACAAGAGAAGGACCUACCAAAGCAAACAGGCUGUGAGAAAGCUAGCGAUGGAUCAUGAGCACAUCAAGCUGAAGAUCAGUCUUAGCGAGAAGCAGUGGAAACCAGUCAAAGAUGAACUCCAGCAGGUUUAUAAUGAACACUCAGACACUAAAGCAGAGCUGGAGCGUCUGGAGCGCCAGACCUUUCUGGAGGAGCUGAGGAACAGGAAAGAAAUUGACAAAAUGAAGUCUCUGGUGUCAACCGAAAAGGCUGCAUUAGAUUUCAUCAAGGGUAAUCUGGAUGUAGAGGCAGCUGAAUAUAUUCGUGAACAAAAUAACUGUAAGCGGGUGAAAGGUGAACUGCAGAAAAAGCAUGACGAUGCUUCCAUUGCAUCUGCUGAACUGGUGACUGAAUUGGAGAAACUGACACAGAUAUUAACAGAGAAAUCUGAGAGUAUUGAAAAUUUGAAAGCGAAGCUAAGUGACAUGCAAACUGCACACAAAAACCUCUCUGAUGAUUUUGAGGAGAGGAAAAAGCACCAUCAGGAGUGUUUGGAUUCUGCGAAGGAACAUAUUACUGUGCUGUUACUGCGGUAUGAUGAGAUUUCAAACCAUAUCAAGGAACUUGACCUGAAGUCUAAGGAUUUAAAGCAAGAAUCAGAGAUGAUGGAGCAAACUAUCAGCACUAUGCCAGACAUUAUAGAGGACUUACAGGCUUUGUCAAACGCUAUGAUGUUCAAACAUGGUACAGCGGCAGAAGUGAUGGGUAACUUGCACAGAGAUAUGGCUUCCUGUGAACAGAGGAAGUCUGAUCACGCACAGAUUCACUCUGCCCUGUUCACUCAACGGCAGGCUGUCAUGAAGGACACAGAGGGUAAUCUACGGAAAGCCCUAAAAGACAAUCUGAAGUUAGCGCAAGAAUACCAACAGCUUCAAAAAGAGCUAAUGAUUGCCCGACAGGACGUCGUUUAUGUUUUUGAUGGAAGAAACCGAGCAGAGGCCUCCAUCCUAGAUCACAAACAGCUUUCUUUGUUGCAGAAGAGGAUGCACAAAGCCAUGCUAAAAUACUUCAAACACCGCAGCGUCUACAGCCAGGCAGAGCUGGCCCGCUUCCAGACCCUCUCCAACCAGAACAACCAGAAAAUGAAAGCCCUCCAGGAGGAGUUGUCAAACGCAAUCCAGCACCUCUCUGAGUUCCUGCUCUCACUGACAGAUGACUCAACUAGCAGCCAUGUCCCGCAGCAAGCAAACAGACCCGUCGCAAGCAGAUGCCGGCGGAUGGAGAAGGAGAUGCCUACAGUUCACAUAGCGGAGUAAUUGGACGCUCACCUGCACCAGACAACUUACUUAAACCCCCCCCCCCAGCAUGCUUCACUCUCUCGCCUGUCCGACGCUCACGGCCCAAUCCAUAACAAUGAAGCAGGUGACUUUCAUGCUACUGUCAGGAAUGAUCUAAUUUUAGCGGGGUGAAUGAUUGCAAUUGGCUUUGCCUCAUCAGAUAAUUAAUCUAUGUCACCAUUAAUUGGAAAAGAGAAUAAUUAGGGGGCUGUGUUGACAGAAAUUCUACGCUUCUCUAGAUUCUUGGAUCUAAUUACACCUACUUAAACCCCUCUGACCUUAACUAGCAGAUAGUAUACCCGCGUAACCCUAACCAGGCUCUGGUCGGCCUCGAACCGCCUCUCGCACGGCGUCCUUUGCCGUUUUUUUCCCUUCUUGUUUAUCCUCUCUUUUCCCGUCUCCUCAGAGAGCUGUCUCCCUCAAUCACUUUUCAAUAUUCAAUCUUAAUUUUGUGGAAGUUUAGCAUUUUCAAUGAGCUGGAGAUGAAUGAUUAAUGAAUAAAUUUGAAUGCUUCAUUUUGUCCAUGGAUCAUUAGUCAAGUCCUUUGUGGGAAGGACCUGCGAAGAAAAAAAAAAAAAGAGAGAGGGAAAAUUAUUGAGACAUUAGCCUGAAGCAAUCCAGGGGUAAAUAGUAUGCACAGAGGGAUGUUGUGUGAACGUUACCCACUGGCGUUCAGCACAACCCCACGGAAA